AUGGUUAGAGAUUUGGCUGAGUAUAAACAUAUCCACAAUAAAAAUGUUUCAAUGGCUGCUCAUUCAUUAAUUGUACUUUUACGAACUAAAAAGCCUCAUUUAUUGCAUCAUAAAGACAGAGGAAGACCUCCUAAAAAACAGAAACGAUUGGAUGAAGAGGAGGAGGAGGGAAUGGAAGAAAAUGAAGAUAAAUCUGAGGAUAAUGAAUCGAUGGAGGAAGAAGAAAUAGAAGAAGAGGAAACAACAGAAAAUAAAAACAACGAAGAAGAAGAAUCUUCAGCAUUAGACGGCUUACCCCGCCUUAAAAACAUUGAACAUUUUAGUAAAAAACGUAAACAAACAAAAGAAGAAAGAAUGGAACAAGUUAGAUUAGGCAGGGAAGAUAGAGCAACAACUUAUGCUAAACCAAAAAAGAAGGGAGCACAUGUUGGCAGAACAAACAGAGAAUUGGCAAAACGCAAAAACUUUAAAAUGGUGCAACACAAAAUGCGUGGCAAAAAUCGUCAGAGAUCUUUUCGAGAUCGACAAUUAAGUUUACGAAAUUAUUUGUUGAGACAACAAGGAAAGAAAGUUUAG